CGUACAUACCUAGGAUAUACUUUUUAUGAACUUUGAUGAAUAUACAUGCAUGUAUAUUCCACGAACAUUCAUCUUAGGAAUGUUCACCUAUGCAUAUUCCCAGGAUAUUCCCGCAAUGUUCUGUACAUUUUUUGAACAUUCUGGGAUAUUCAUAGAAUAUCAAAUGCUAUCUGGGAAUCUUGACUAAGUGUUUAUUCACUUUCCUCUACAAAACCCCCAAAAAACCACCAGCAAAACAAGUAGAGAUCAAUUUGGCUUAAUGAGGGCAAUUAUGACAAAAACUAGACAGAGGAUGCAGCGGAGCGUCACUAACAAAAUUAGCAUUUGUUAUAUCCUGUAAUUUCAUCUAGUUCAGUCUAAACUAGUGCGUUUCACAUCGCGUUCGACAUGAGGCUGUUUAGCUUGCAAUUAGUGCUGGUUUUCACAUUGUUCAUCCAUGGGAGCGUCUCGCGAAAAAGCUCCAAAAGUCGGUCGAAAAACGGCUCAAACGGCAGCAAAAACAGCAACUCUGGCUCGAGCUCCAGCAACAACUCGACCAAAUACAGUUACGCUGGAUAUGCGAUAUCAACGUCCCCCAACCAUGCAAAGUCUAACAAUCAGCUGCCUCCAAAUGUGGAGCCCCAAUAUCUUCGGAAACAGGCGCAAAAUGAGCAUUCCGUCCCCACAGCGCCAACCCAGCAGAAGGCUGCGCCAGGCUGGAACGUUCCCGGACAGCGGCAAUCAGCACCCAACGUUGGCUGGAAUGUGCCCGGACAGGCAAAGACCCCACAAAGUAACCCCAUUUGGAGCUCUAAGCCUGGACAAGCGCCCAAACGUGAUGAAGGUCUGGUGAAGAAGGAGACCUCCAAAGUGCAACAGUUCAGCCCGCAUCAGGUGCAACCGCCGGCUCCUGGAUGGAACACUGGAACGCAGCCUAAUGCUCAGAAUGGCAAUUCCGGGUGGAAGUCCGGAUAUCAAACCAAUGGGGCUCCGCCUGCUUAUCCCCAUCACAACGCAGCGCCUCCCGGAUACAAUGGCCAGACGAGUUGGGGGGCGCCGCCUGCCUAUCCAGGCGCUCAUGCUCCAGGGUAUGGAGGAUAUGGAGGCUAUGGCCAUGGCAAUCAACCGGCUGGAGGAUACGGGGGCUAUGGGGGCGGCUAUGGGGGCGGCUACCACCCUCAACAGCCCAUUGGCGGGUAUAAUCCAGGCUAUGGCGCAAUGGGAGGCUAUGGAGGAGGCGGCGGCGGCUUUGGGGGCGGCUUCGGCUCGCCAGGAUUCGGAGGCGGAUUUCCAAUGCAGCAGAAAAAGAGCUUCUUCAGCGCCAGCACUAUUGGCAGCGUCGUUGCGGGGAUGCUCGUUUACAACAUGGCUUCCAGCCUGAUAAGCCACGGCCUGGGCUUGAAACGUCCCUAUAACGUGGUCAACUACUACAAUCAAGAUCCUGGUAAAAAAGUGGAGGAAAUCAAGCUUCCCUCCAACGUCCUCACCCUGUGCGAAGGCGAUGUGACCAAGAUGUGCGGCCAAAGCACGCAAGCAGUGUGCACCCAGAACGGCACAGUGUUGUGCGUAGCCACGAUGAGCCACGCGCUGCCUUGCGAUCAAGGCGGCAACGCGGCCUUGUGCGUCAACACAACAGUGCCUUGCGCUGACGCCAAUGACCCGCUCUGCCAGAACUCGACGCAUAAAGAAAAGCUGCAGGCCGACGUCAACGUGCCCUGCAUGACCAAUUUGACUCUGGACGUGAAUCUAGUGGAUAAAGCCGAAACGUUGCCCAACACCAAGUACACCUAUUGCGUGACCACGAUGGCUGUUGCCGGGCCGGAGUACAACGACUGCGCCCCGCUGAAAGGCUCCAACGACUACAAAAGCGUGCUGGAGGAGAACUACGAGUGGUUUUUGGAAACCGAGAGCUUCCGCAGGAAUUACUCGAUCUACACGCACAAGCGCCCAAUGGAGAGCAACGGCGAGAUCAACAUGCCAGUCACCGCGCUCUUAACAUGCUCGGACAAUGCGAAGAAGCUGUGCGCGCCCAGCACUACAGCCACCUGCACCAGCUUCAAUGAAGUCAUGUGCAUGACGCCCCUUUCUGAAGUCUCGCAAUGUCCGGAAAAUGGGACCAACUGCGUGAAGAGCGCCAUCCCCUGUCCUCCUGAUGGCAAGGAGACUUUCUGCCUGAACAAAACAGAAGGAGCGGACAGCAUCGCGCUGGACAUCCCAUGUUUUGCCAAUAUAACCAUCAACGCUCCCUUUCCCAAGUUCAAUCUGGGCGAGUUUAACGGAACUUUGCCGGAUUUAACGGCCACUUCCAGCUACACGUACAACUUCAACUUUUGCGUGGUCACAUUGGCUCUGCCCGGAUCCGACUUUGACUUGUGCCUCACUAAGGAAGGCAAAGAGAAGCUGGAAAAGCAGCAAAUCAAGUCGUAGGUUUGCCGGGGAAUUAGAGUUCCGCACCAAGGAAUUUAUGUACAAUAAACUGUUAUAAUAUACUUUACUAAAAUCAGUAAAAA